AUGGCGCCACAGUGCCAGGCAUUAUACGUGUCGGAUGAACGGCGAUGCAGCGAGGAAGCUACCAACGUUAAUGGCUUGUUCUGUUCUUUCCAUGCUAGGCAAGUCUACAGUUUGUAUAAGGGUUACAAGCGUAGAGGUGCCCAGUUGGACGCUUUGCAGAAGGACCCUCCGGACUACCUUGUCGACCGCCCUAUACAUAAAAUCUCCUUUGACGACAUAGAUGAUGAGGAAACUCUCAAGACGCUCCACGCCUUCCUGUUCAAACAAAACGGUCUUCUCGAUCGCUGUAUCCGUGCCAGAAAGCUCCACCACUCGCGCUUCUACGCUCUCGAGCUCGACUAUGGCCACCAACACUAUCUGGACCAUCUGAUUAGCGAGAAGCACAACACCAGUCGCGCUCUGGAGAAGCUUGAGAGACGAACCGCCGAGGUCUUGUACAGGCAGCAACAGUGGUUCGGCUGGGUCCGCAAUCUUGAGGACGACGAAGAGAAGGAACGGGAUGCCGAGAAGAAGAAGAUCAAGCAAGAGGCCGCAUUGUUCAAGCGUCACUGGAAAGACGUCUCUGCUCGUCUGGACAAGUUGAGACAGAAAGAGAACGAAAAGAGACAAGCCGAAUACCUUGAGAAGGUUUGGGAAGAGAGAAACAGAUUCGAGGAGGAACUCACCGCCGAAGGAGAAGGUGGCGAGGAAUGGGACCCUAUCGAGGACCUUGUCGAGGACGAACGCGAAAAUUACGUCGAUCUCAUUCGUCGCUUCUUGUGGCUCGCAGAACCCAUCACCCUAGCAUCGGACGAGCCAAGGUCCCCGAAAGCCGCCGCGGCAGACGCGUCGACUCCGAAGAAGGAGAACGCGAACCCUGCCGACGUGCAGUCUCCGUCGAAGGAGGCGUCAAAUUCUCAGGCACUCGUGGAGACCAACAAGUCCAAGAACGCAAAGAAGAAAGCACGACAAAAGGCAAAGGCUCUAGAAGUUCAAGAAGCUAGCAAGGCCAAGCCUGGUGAGGUCCACAUCGAAACACCUGAUGAAGUUCGCAUCCGGCUGCGUGAAGGCUCAACCAUGUGUGGUGUCUUGCAGACUUUCGAUCCUGAGGAUCCAUCAAAGACCGAGAUCGUCACGGACAAGACUUUUCCUCUUGCUGACGAUGAGAUCGAGUCUUUGAUGCAGCAGAUUCCUGACAUCAAGCAGUUGUUGUUCUGUCGAUUGCUGCUUGGCUAUGCGACUUUGCUACCAGCAGCACUGCGAGCUGAGAACGUGGAAGAGUUCCUGGCUGAUUCAUCCGUGACCAACGCAGAGCUGAGAGACUUGUGUUUGAAGAUGGAACAACCUGGACUGCAACAACUACGUGAUGCAUGUGCUGAUCUUGGUCGUGAAGACAACGAGCCUGAUGAAGACGAAAGUGUCCCUUCUGCCAGCGCGGAAGCACCCGCUGGACGUACCAAGUUCACAUCGAGACCCAUGUUCCCAGUCAAGAAUGUGAAGACCAAGCGUGAGAAGGAAAUCAAGGAGAAGAGAGAGAAAACUAUGCAAGACAACCAAGACAGAACCACUUUUGUUGACUUCGGCGACGUUGAUGAUCAGCAACAAUACCGUAUCAAGAAGAUUCGUGUCAAGGUUUGUGGCAGAUUCAUCUACAACUAUCCUAGCGAAAAGGCAAUGUCCAGAGGUGGAUGGCUGCAGUUUUCAGUCAUCGCGAAAGACUGUUCGCUCUUCCAGGCAGUGAGCCUAGCCCGAAGUUGGGACGAGUUCUUCGAGCUCAACAUUCUGACUUGUAAUCACUACUUCCCGGCUGCGCAGUGGGCAUCAUGGAUCAGGAGCAUCACUCAUGAGCAGCUUCUUCAAGUCGGGUUUAUACCAUACUUCCAGAUGGACAAAGCAGCACACAUGACUUCUCACCAUCAGACUGGAUCUCGUGCCCAUGGACAGCGCCGCACUCAUCAUGCUGUCGAGACUCGAAAUUUUGUAUGCGCACAUAUGAAGCGUAACGAUCCAGUCACCAGACGCUGGAUUCAGUACGCUGUUAUGGAGUCCUACAAGAUGGCAAUCAUGGUUCGUGACGGUCGAACUGGUAAUGUCAUUGUCGAACCACCUCAAGAGCAUAAGUGGCUCAUUCGAACCAAGUCUGGUGUUGGAAGAGCAAGUCGAUCUGAAUGGCAAAUUGUCAAGGAAAUUGACGACAAGUUCUGGGAUGAGAUCGACCGCUUCCGCGAGUGGCACCUUGGCUUCAAGGAUUACUACGACAUCGUUGUGUGGGACAUUGAGAGUGGCGAGCACUACUCUUCGCUCUACAACUCGAUUCAGGAGCUUUUGAUCAGAGCCCUCCGUUUCAGAGAUCCCAAGGACUUCUACAAGCCCGCCGAGCAUGUUCUGCGUACUCUCACCCGUGACGAGCAUCUUUCUCGUGCAAGAGACCUGCGUCCAGACGAAAUGGGCAAGGGCAAAAGUAUUUGGGACUGGAUUCAUAGUGACGGCACCAGAAUGAGAUACUUCUCCAGAGGCAGUGAUGGAAGCCACAGAGAAGAAGCCCCUCCUCAGCUAUUGUACAAGCAAGAGGAUAUGCUGGAAGAUCAGGUUCUAUUCCCUUGGGACCGUAGUCUAUGGACUGACGAAGAGAUCCCUGAAACCGCCAGCAAGAUAAUUGCAGUUGCAAAGAAAGCCGCAGAUCUUGCCCCUGCCAAUUCAGGCCACGAGUUGAUGUUGGCCGAUGCUGACGCUGAAUCUAACGCUGGUGAUGAAGGUGUGCUUGCAAGUCAAACUGGUAAGAUGCAUAAUUUCGAGCACCACGGCUUGGACCUCAACCGCUGGAUCAACGAUCUCGACACUGACGAAGAGCUGAGCGAUACCGAGUAUCAGGAAGUCUCAGAAGGUGAGGACGAUGGCAGUGACUGGGUAUCUGAUGAGGAAUAUGCUGAAGGUGUUAUUGAAGAACUCUCUGAAGCUGCCGGCGUGACCAUUCGAGGCCGCUGGGUCGACGAUCACAACGAGAAGGAGCCGAGAUGGCAAGAUAUGGUUAUGGCACUGGAACUCUGGGAAGAUCCAUCGCUCUCCAACCUCCGCGAGAAUAAGGCUGUUGGCUACCGUGCACCCAGACAACUGCCCACUAUCAUGACCUCUAGAGGAGAGAUUGAAGACAUGAAGGAAGAGUGGGAGCUCUUCAUCGAUCGAACCAGAGCUAGCAGUUUCAAAGAAGCGUGGCACAAAGCCGAUCUCGAACCUGGAGCUCAAGAGAAAUACGCCGAAACUCAAAAGAUCAUGAAGGCGUACGUCGACUUCUUCGCCAAAGGAACUAAGGGUCCUUGGGCACCAGGAAUGCUCGAGCGUCAAUUCAUGCUUAUGAUGCUCCUUGAGGUUGAUCCGGAUGUGCACCGAAGAGUCAAACGCGACAUGACCUUCGCCAACGCCAUGAUCACCUGUUUCUUCCAGAGAGAUAGUCCCUUCUUCAGCUCUGAGGAGGGCAUGCUAUGGAAAGACUCUGCCCUCUUCGACCAGGCAGAACGUGCGAAGCAUAUCCCUGACGUCCGCUCCUCGCACUCUAACCGCACCCGAUCUGCCUCCCAGUGGGAAGAUUGGGACAAGAUUCGUAAUGAUGUGAUGAAGUCUGGCCAUGGCGCGCUUCUCUGGGCAUCCGACAAGUACCCUCAAGAUUGGAAAUACAUAACACGACCUACCAUCGCGCACCUGUACCGUCACGGACUACUAGCACCCCGCUACAAGCCAGAAUACUCCGGCUGCGCCGUCGUCCUCGAAGAACCCGCUCGACCAGCAAAACCCGAGCUGUACUUCGACUUCCGCGAAGACGCACAAGAAAUGAAACCGCGUCAACCCAUGCAAGAUCCCCUCAAAGUAGCCCCCCUCCUCGACUCAGCACGCGACUACGCAGCCAAAAACCCCGACGCCUAUUUCUCCAUCCUCCGCAUCUGGUCCGCCCCCCACUUCUGGCCCCUGAUGCUAGGCUACGACAACCGCGACGGCACCUCCUUCGCCGACGACAUCGGCCGCACCUGGGAAUGGAAAUUCGUGCCCAAAGACAUGCCCUUCAGCGAAUGGAGCAUCCACCACGCUCUGCGCCUCCGUCUAAACGAAUACGAAAAGAAAAUCGAAGGCAAGGUUUUUUUGAAGGGGGAUAAAGUGCUCGUGGUGGGUAAGAAUCGGGAAAUGUGUAGGAAUUAUUCGACGAUUGCGUAUUUUGCGGUUACGACCAGGCCUUGGAGGUUGGAGGUUGAUGUGUGGAAGAGUUUUUUCGGUGUCAAGUUGGACUUUUUGGAGGGGUUGGAUGGGAGGUGGUGGGAGUAGUGUUUCUCAUCUCUAUAUCCUCCCGGUACAACAGUCUUCUUCCUGUCAUGUUUCUUGCACGCAAUGGUGCUGUGAAUGUGGUUGUCGAAAGGCAAGCGGUGUUAGUAUGAGGAUUCAUCGGAUGGCCUGUCAGGGGGAGAGUUAUCUUGAAUUCUUCGUCAAAUGUCACGCUCGUUUGUGACAGUCAUAGGACAAAUGCUUGUUUUUGGGGGGGUUGCAUAAA